GAAUUAAAAUAAAACGAAAAACAAGAAAGAAAACUGGGAAAGUAAAUGGGAAACGGCGACUAAAAUUAACUCGUCUUCUUCUUCGUUCCCUUUGCUCCUUAAUCUUAGGUUUCUGAUUUUUUCAACCUCUGGAUUUGAUUUUAACAGAAGGUUAACGGCUUUGCGAUUCGAUGAGCUAGGUUUGGUUAUUUCCUUUAACCAGAUGUUUGUCACUAUCUUCUUACUCAUCGGGUGAGAAAGGGCCGCCCUACUUUCAUGUUUUAUUGGCCUUAGAAGAUAAUCGUUGAAACUGGAAAAUAAAGAUGCUGGAGGGAGCAAAGUUCAACGUGUUGGCGGUUGGGAACCACAACAACAACGACUAUGCCUUCACGCAAGAGUUCUAUCAAAAGCUCAACGAAGGCUCCAACAUGUCCAUGCAGACCAGUAACGCUGGAGGCUCCGUGUCGAUGUCCGUGGACAACAGCAGCGUCGGCUCCAGCGACGCUCUCAUUGGCCACCCGGGGUUGAAGCCACUCCGCAGCAGCAGCAGCGUCUACUCCCUCUCCGUCGGGCAGAGCGUGUUUCGUCCCGGGAGAGUUACCCACGCGCUGAACGACGACGCCUUGGCUCAAGCGCUGAUGGACAGCAGGUAUCCCACCCAAGGGCUGGCCAGCUACGAAGAGUGGACGAUUGACCUGAGGAAGCUCCACAUGGGUCCUCCUUUCGCUCAGGGAGCUUUCGGUAAAUUAUAUAAAGGGACUUACAACGGGGAGGAUGUAGCUGUCAAGAUACUCGAGCGGCCGGAGAACAGUCCCGAGAAGGCGCAGUUCAUGGAGCAGCAGUUUCAGCAGGAGGUGUCUAUGCUUGCGAAUUUGAAGCAUCAGAACAUCGUGAGGUUCAUCGGUGCGUGCCGCAAGCCGAUGGUGUGGUGUAUAGUGACUGAGUACGCCAAAGGAGGCUCCGUGAGGCAGUUUUUGACGAAGAGGCAGAACCGUGCGGUGCCGUUGAAGUUGGCUGUUAAACAGGCGCUGGAUGUUGCCAGGGGUAUGGCUUAUGUCCAUGGACGCAACUUCAUUCACAGAGAUCUCAAGUCAGACAACCUUCUCAUCUCUGCGGAUAAGUCUAUCAAGAUUGCUGAUUUCGGUGUUGCGAGAAUCGAAGUUCAAACCGAAGGGAUGACGCCAGAAACCGGAACUUACAGAUGGAUGGCUCCAGAGAUGAUACAGCACAGAGCCUACAAUCAAAAAGUGGAUGUGUAUAGUUUCGGGAUAGUGCUGUGGGAGCUGAUCACAGGACUGUUACCGUUCCAGAACAUGACGGCUGUACAGGCUGCGUUUGCGGUUGUGAACCGAGGGGUCCGGCCAACGGUCCCAAACGAUUGUCUCCCGGUGCUGAGUGAGAUCAUGACUAGAUGCUGGGAUGCUAAUCCUGAAGUGCGACCAUGUUUUCUUGAGGUUGUGAGUCUGCUUGAAGCUGCGGAGACAGAGAUAAUGACGACAGCUAGGAAAGCCCGUUUCAGAUGUUGCAUGAGUCAGCCAAUGACGAUUGACUGAAUAAAAAUCUCAAGAAAAUAACAAGAGAGUGAGAAAGAGAUGAACAGAUGUAAGAUUAAAGGGCUUUUAGAUAUAUUAAGUAAUGUGUGUUUGUGUAUUUAUAAAAAUCUAAAUAUAAUUGUUUUCUCAAGAUGGGAGAAGAAACCAUAAUGUUUUUAGGAUGCCUUUUGUGUAUUAUCCAUAAAGUUUAUGUUGGUUUUACUUCAGUGACU